GCGCGCGAUCGCUGACAGUCGGGAUCCGGUGACACCGCCGCCUUAGCAGCCGCCGCACUUGUUGCUCAGGACUUGCCCUCACCGUCUUUGCCCCGCGCUGCCCCGAGUGUGCCCUCCCGUGGGUCCAGGAGUGGAUGGUUUAAAACACGACAUUAGACACGCGGGGACGGGGACAGGGCGACGGCAUGACGGACACGGCGACGGCCAACGGGGACGACAGGGACCCCGAGAUCGAGCUCUUCGUGAAGGCGGGCACUGACGGGGAAAGCAUCGGCAACUGUCCCUUCUCCCAGCGCCUCUUCAUGAUCCUCUGGCUGAAAGGCGUUGUGUUCAAUGUCACCACUGUGGAUCUGAAAAGAAAGCCAGCCGACCUGCACAACCUUGCCCCUGGCACCCACCCACCCUUCCUGACCUUCAACGGGGAAGUGAAGACAGAUGUCAACAAGAUCGAGGAGUUCCUGGAGGAGACCUUGACCCCCGAAAGGUAUCCCAAACUGGCCGCGAAACACCGGGAGUCCAACACUGCGGGCAUCGACAUCUUCUCCAAGUUCUCUGCCUACAUCAAAAACACCAAGCAGCAGAACAAUGCGGCCCUGGAGCGGGGCCUGACUAAGGCCCUGAGGAAGCUGGAUGACUACCUGAGCACUCCGCUGCCUGAGGAGAUCGACACCAACACAUGCGGGGGUGAUAACAAGGGGUCCCGGCGCAAGUUCCUGGACGGGGAUGAGCUGACCCUGGCAGACUGCAACCUGCUGCCCAAGCUCCAUGUGGUCAAGAUCGUGGCCAAGAAAUACCGCAACUAUGACUUUCCUGCUGAGAUGACAGGCCUGUGGCGAUACCUCAAGAAUGCCUACGCCCGGGACGAGUUCACCAAUACCUGCGCAGCUGACUGUGAGAUUGAGCUGGCCUACGCUGACGUCGCCAAGCGCCUCAGCAGGCCCUGAGCACAGCCACCACCCACCUGCUGCAGAGGACUCCGCUUCUUCCACAAGACUCUGGCUUCACAGGCUUCACAGACUCUGCUUCCUCACUGACUGGGGAACCUUUUUGUCAGGCCACUCUUGCUGGUUCCCCAGAACUGCAGCCUGCUAGCUUUGAAGGUCAGUGCAUCCUCUGUCUGGACAUGUGUGAAGCUGGCAAGCAGGGGGAGAGAAACAGACGCCUCUGUACCUGCCAGCAGAGUCUGGGUUAGUGGAUUUGGGGUCAGUCUGGGGAGCCACCUACGUGUGGUUUCAGUCUUUUCUGCCAGUGUCCUAAUGUCUCUCAGAUGCUUUAGCAAAUGUGAGACCAGCUUCUCCAUGUCGAACCUGCAAGGCCAAGGACCCACACUGCUCUAGUUAGAAUGAGUCUUCACCUUGCUAGGGGACACACAGGGGCUGGGAGGACCGAGCUGGUGUGGCUCUGGGCAUCUGGCAGACAUACUCGCUGUCAGUUGCUCACUCCAGCAGACGCUCCAAGACCAGACUGCAAACUCCCUCCAGACACACUGGCAAUUCUCAACCUUGGCUGACCUUGGCUUUCGCCUGUCUAGGCAUGGCCAGGAAGGAAGCUGGUGUGCAAUUCCAACCUGGGGUGACUGGGAUGGGGAGGGUGGGGGAGCACUGUUGGUGCCAAAAGGCCCCAGGGGUCUACAGCCAUGGGUUUGCAUGCUUAGGAGAGGUUGCAUGGUGAGAUUGCUCACCCGGUCUGUGAGGAAAUGGUAGGGUACAGGAGGGGGGAUGGGUGAAGACCAAAAGGCUCUGAGGCUCGGUGCCCCCUGGUCAAUGUCAGACUGACUCCUCUCUCACAAUAUAAGCCUUGGACUGCUGAUGUCAUUAAAUACCAACUGCAUAGCGAACACCCUAGGUCUGGCCAAAAUGUCUUUCUGGUCUCUCUGAGCUGCACCUGGCCACGAAUCUGCUGGCUGGGGCUCCCUGGGGUUUCUUGGUGGCCCGGAACAGGUGGAAGCACAUGGAGGAGUUGGAAUAAUGGUGGGAUGUCUCCCGAUCCGGAAACCAUGUGUUUUAAACUGGAAAAAGAAAACAGGUACCCAUCUGGGUUAACUUUCCAACUGCUAGAUGCAAAAGGGCAAUAACGUUCCUGCUGAUUGUCCCCCUGAGUCCUUUCCCCUGCCUGUUACCUCCUGGCAUACACUGGACACCUGCAGGGAGGACAUGGAGAGAAAUAGACUAAACCUCUGCUCCUCUUCGGGAACUUCACAAUGAAACAUACCCCCGUGGCCAUACAUGCAGCAACUCUCCCCUCUGUACUCCAGGAGGAGGCCACGGAUCCUCCUGCCCUAAGGGAAAGCCCACUGCUGGGGAGAACAGCAUGACCAGUUCCUUAACACAGAAACACCAGUGAAUCCUAACCCACACACUCAUCCAACCCCCCAACUGUGGGAUCUCCCAAGAUGCAACCAAGGGCAGGAAGUGAGGGCUCUCUUCCUGCUCACCUAUGAGGAAGAGGAUGCAGUCAGCAGGACAUCACAUGAGUCCAUUCCUGUUCCCCACCAAAGGACCUUUCUGCACCCCUGGUGAUAUCUGAGAGGAGACAGGCGGAAGCUGACCUGUGCACUGUAGGGAGAAGCCCCACACCAGCCUCGGGGAUGAGGAAUCAAAGACCCUGAAGGCCUUCUAAGUAGAGUAAACUCCUAGCAUCCUCAGUGCCUCCUCUGAACCCACAAUGUGAUGAGAUGACUUCCAAGUCGUGGGCCAGGUCCUGGGGACCAACCUGAUGCUUGGAGCCUAUAAAGUCUAAAAGCAAAUCAAGUCAGUGCUGUCCCUGGGCACUCACUCCUCAUUGGGUAGAGUUAGCUCACAUAACUAACAGUGUUAGGAAAGGCAGCAGGUAUUACAGAUUUAUUAUAAUCUUUCUAAAGGCAGGAGGAGUUAUGGAGGGAGGCUCUUCUGGGUAUUUAAUUCAGAAAUACCUUUUCAUUUCAGCUGUAGUUUAUCAAAUAAUACAACUAACCAGCUACUCAUUAGAGUUAUGAUGUUUUAUGGCCAGACUCAUCACUGUAUAUGAAAUAACAAUGAUGUUAGUAGUAUUGCCUUCUAACUUUUUUUUUUAUAAGAGAUUUUUGACCAAAUCUUCCAGCCUCUCUGGGCAUUGGCCUUAACCUUGCAGAGUGGCAUCCUCUUUGUGGUGAGGCUGUACGCCCCAAGGAUUGCUUGGGUGUAUUGAUCGCUUUGCACCCAGACCCUGCAGCUCAGAAUCUUGGGUGGAGAAGGUCUAGGUAAUUGGUCCCCAAUGGAUCCUGGUUCCUGAGAACACACAUUUGAUAGCACAGAAAGGAGGUUAUUUGUGUUAAGAUCCUAUUUUAUUUUGUAUUUGUCUCUCCUUUGACUUUCACACCACCAUUUUUUGUGGGUUUGUUAGCAGAAGGCAGGGGCAGAAAACUAGAAUGAAAGUCAGCAUUACAGAGGUGAAUUUAUCCCUGCUCAGGACUGCCUAUCUCUGUGUGUGGCCAAGAGAAGUAUUGGAUUCAGUUAUAACACCUCAGCAAGAUGAGCUGCAUAAAGAUAACCCAGAGCACAGUUUCUUUAUCUCCUGACAAAGGAAGCCAAGUGCCAGGCGAAUUUGGAAUCACAGACAGGAGUACAAAUCACUUCUGGCUGCCUGGCAGCAGGCAGAUCAACAAAAAGGGGGGCGAUGUGGCCAGCUUGCUUAGCCACACAAUCCCAAGCAAGUUCAGCUUCCCAGUAAAUGGCACCUUCUCAGGGUUCCUUCGUCAAGCAGCUGGUGCCACAGAGGAGCUUGGUCUUCACAACACAAAGCCAACACCAGAAGUCUCUGCCAGCACUUCUCAGAUGAAACAAUGGAACUAUUCACCGCAACUGUGUUACUUGAUGGUCACUCUACAGUCAGACAAUAUCAAGUGUCUUAGGAUGGUCACAAGAAGGAACAGACAGAUCUGGAUGGUCUAAGAGCCCCAGGAGUCAGCAAACCUAAUCACAGAAUUGGGAAGGAGGCAGAGACAGGAAGGUCUCUCUGGUGAGAGCUUACCAUCACUGUGACACUCUGUGUUUAGAAGCAACAAGAUGCUGGUGUUGUUCCUUGGGAACUCACGGUUAAAACUAAGCUCAGUGAUUCUCAAGGGGUCAUUAUGUUCCUUAUGACAUUAAGAAGAAUAUUAAGAAAGCAUUAGAGAAAGGAGCGUAAGCGUGAAUACCCAGUCGAUUCUGAUGUCUGCCAAACACGAGUGAUGUUCUCACUGGCCAUCCAGCCCCUCUGCGCCCAGGCCCGGCCCCGUGUCUGCCACUGUCCACCAUUCAGAGCACACAAUGCUGUGCCCUCGUGAACACAACUCUUCUCCCUUCACUCCUAUCCUUCUCCAGCCUAGCUAUGGAUACCAAGUCUCGUAAUCAGAUGUGAUUCAAACCUUAUUUAAUGUUCUUUAACGAAACAGAUCCGACUCCCUCUGCUAACCAAAAAUAAAUAAAACAUCGCCUCUAUGUAAGGUUGGGGCUAAUCUGUAGUUCUAUGAAUGCAAUCUAGUUUUUGGCAAAACACAGUUUCAAGGAUCCAGUAGUCUAAGGCAUUUUAUAUGUAGUUAGAGAUUUCACAAUGUUAACUAUGCAUAUAUUUAAAAUAUAAAAUACCCAGCUGUUGUCUGAAUUUGUCUUUUUUUUCUCCUGGCCCCUUAGUUGUAUCAUUUUCUAAGCUGGGGUGUUAACUAAUUUAGUAAAAGAUGCCUAGGUUUUAUAAGUGAACAAGCAUUCAUUUAAUAAAGACACUCUGAAUGAUGAUUACUUGAUUUUCCCGAGACCUUUAACUGUGGUGAUAAAAUAACAGGCCUUGCUUUCAAGCCUUAAUAAAUGUAAAAUGGCUUUUAAUGAAGAUAGGGCUGAGUGUUUUCCUCAUGACGCUGGAGCAAUUAUGAAUUUGUUUCCUGGUCUUGAUUGGAAUGGACUGAUUUCAAAUAAAACUGGUUUAUUUUCAAAUAUUACAAACAUGA